AUGGCAAUAGUCAUAGGUUUGGUACUGUUAGUUUUGGGGCUUACAUUAGUUGUACUAAUUCAUGUUUGUAUUGUUGGGAGGGUUUUCAGAAGAGGGUUUGUUGAAGCUGGUGCUAGACUAGAGAGGGGAAGCACCGGUGGCUCAAGCAUGUCGAGAAAUGACUUGGAGAAGCUUCCUUGCUAUGAUUACAUGUCAAAUGACAGAGCAAGUAGCAGUCCAGUUGAUUGUGCUGUUUGCUUGGAUAAUUUCAAAGAUGGUGAGAAGUGUAGGAUGUUGCCUAUAUGCAGGCACAGUUUUCAUUCUCACUGCAUCGAUGCGUGGCUUCUGAGGACACCCAAUUGCCCAAUUUGUAGAACCAGUGCUGAUUCAAGUAGCCAUUUCAGUGAUUCUAGUAUUGAUUUGAGAAGCAGCAACACAACAGAAAUCAGCAGCAGCAGCAGCAAUUUUACUGAUGUUAGUAUUGACUUGAGAGAGAGCCAGGCCACAACAAGUACUGACUUGAGUGAAACAAUGAUUGAUAUAAGAGAGAUGGGGGAUUUAAGGCAGAGCCAAGAAAGGAGACACCCAGUUCAAUAA